UGAUUGUAUUAGGAAUAAUAGGUUUAAUCGUGUAUUGGAUUAGACAGAGAGUGAGACACAUGUCUGUACUGUCAAGAAACGGCAUUCCGGGUCCAAAACCUCAUCUAAUGUCUGUCAUUUCAACACACAACAAAUGGGUCAAAGCAUAUGGUAAAAUUGUUGGUUAUUAUAUGGGCUCAAAACCUCAUGUAUUGGUUGCCGAUCCGGACUUAGCGAAGAGGAUUCAAACGAAGAACUUUCAAUCAUUUGCCGAUAGACCGCAUCUGGUUUUAAAACAUGGUAUUCUCGCUGAUCCGGGAUUAGAGGCAAUGAUAAUCAGACUUAAGGGAAAGCGUUGGAAAGAAGUGAGAAGUGUUUUGACGCCAACUUUCAGCGCAUCUAAACUCAAGACAAUGACACCCAUUAUAGACGAUGCGAUCAAUAGUUUUAUUGAAAUUAUUGAUAAUUAUUCCGAAAAUAACGAAGAAUUCAAUAUUUACGAUAUGUUUCAGAAUCUGACGACUGAUGUAAUCGGAAGAACAGCUUUUGGUAUUCAAAGUAAUGUUCAAAACGAAGAAGACAAUAAGUUUUUAAUAGCGGCUAAACAUAUAUUUAACAUAAAUCUCAAUAAUUGGAUAUUUUUCAUAAUCCAAUGCUUUCCAAAACUUGAUUUAAUUCUAUAUCCGUUUCGAAGACUUAAUUACAUAAUUGAAUGUAAAAGAGGAAAGUCUGCGAACGGAAUACUCUUUGAAAUGGCGAGAGAUGUGAUUGAUUUGAGAAAACAAAACCCAAGUCUUUGUCGAAACGAUUUAUUACAACUGAUGUUAGACUCGAAGAUAUCGAGUGAAGAGAUGUCUUCAAUGAGUUACGAGACUAUGACUGCGGGAAAUGAUAAACAAAUGGACAAAAAUACUAAUAAAUUUGUUAAAAAUAAAAAGUCAGAUAUUUUAUUGAGUGAAGAAGAAAUUAAAUCCAAUUCUGUACUCUUCUAUGAAGCGGGAUAUGAGACGACGAGUACAGCACUCGGAUAUAUGGCUCACAUUCUCGUCAAUUAUCCCGAUAUACAGGAAAAAGUGAGAGAAGAGGUGCGACAACUCCAUGAAAAUGAGGGUAAACUGGACUACAAUUGUGUAAAUAAAUUGGAUUUCAUGGAAUGUGUUCUCAACGAAACCAUGAGAUUAUAUCCGCCGGUCAUUACAUUUGUGUCCCGAGAAUGUCUUCAGGACUACAAAUAUAAGGACAUAACUAUACCAAAGGGUACUUCCGUACAAAUGGCAGUCCAUUAUCUGCAUCACGACCCGGACUAUUGGUCCGAACCCGAGGUCUUCACUCCCGAGAGGUUUAGCGCCGACCAAAAACACUUGAUUCACCCGAACUCAUGGCAACCCUUCGGAAGUGGUCCACGAAAUUGCAUUGGAUUGAGAUUUGCCUUAUUUGAAGCCAAACUCUGUUUGGCUAAACUCCUACUUAACUAUCGACUGAUUCCCGGCCCGAAGACAGAGAUGGGAAAGUUAACGACUGAAUGUAAAGUUCUGACCUCAACGCCUAAACAUGCUCGCGCAAUUUACUUUUUAAUAACUAUACCAAAGGGUACUUCAGUACAAGUGGUAGUCCAUUAUCUACACCACGACCCGGACUAUUGGCCCGAACCCGAGGUCUUCAAUCCCGAGAGGUAUAGCGCCGACCGGCAGCACGAGAUUCACCCGAACUCAUGGCAAGCCUUCGGAAGUGGUCCACGAAAUUACAUUGGAUUGAGAUUUGCCUUAUUUAAGGCCAAACUUUGUUUGGCUAAACUCCUACUUAACUAUCGACUAAUUCCCGGCCCGAAGACAGAGAUGGGAAAGUUGACGACUGAAUGCAAAGUUCUGACCUCAACCCCUAAACAUGUAAUUAGUUCUACUAAGAAAAUUCUGUAUUUAAAU